AUUUUCUUCCUACUUUUUAUCAUCCAGAUCAAACCAAACCCUCCCGAAUAGGAAAGCUUUGCAAUGUAACGAAUGGAAACUCCACACACCAAUUAACUUGAAACUAUCCUCUAGUUUUACAGUUUCCUUCAACGUUAUCAAACCAUGAUCCCUUUGAAAAGACCACUUUCUCACCCUUCCUUCAUUUUUAACAAGUCCAACUCCAAAUCUCUCCGAUCCUUGAUUAAAAAUACUCGUUCAACCAAUGAAACCUUCAGUUCCCCAAUUCCCAUUUUUUAUUUCAAGUUUUCUGAUUCAACCAUGCCGAUUUUCGCUGCCAAUUCGUCUUCAUUCUCAAGGGUAAAUACCCACUUCCCAGAUUCAGUAAACCAACCGACACUGACUUCCAAGGCCCAAACUUUUCCACAAAUCAGAACCUUUUGUGUUAAAAGAACAAACCCAAAUGCUGAACUUUCAGCUUCAAAUGAUAUCCCAAUUGUUUCCACUGUUAGUGGACCAAUUCAGACCUCUCAGCCUAUUGAUGCAGGGUCUUCAAUGAGGAAACCAAUCAGUUUAUGGCCUGGAAUGUACCACUCUCCUGUAACGAAUGCCUUAUGGGAAGCAAGAUCAAGCAUGUUUGAGAAAAGUUUUGCUGAAAAAGAUUCUCAAACUGAAUUAGUUGCGAAAACCCCUUCAAUGAGCAGGACUAGUAUUGCUUAUAAGUUUUCUUCUGAUUAUAUACUUAGGGAGCAGUAUAAGAAUCCUUGGGACGAGAUGAGGAUGGGGAAAUUGCUCGAGGAUCUUGAUGCUCUUGCUGGAACCAUCUCCUAUAAGCACUGUCGUAAGGAUGAUGGUGCUACAAGGCCUAUAUUAUUGGUUACUGCUUCUGUUGACAAGAUGGUUCUCAAGAAACCGAUCCGAGUUGACUUUGAUUUGAAAAUAUCCGGGGCUGUUACAUGGGUUGGGAGGUCAUCAAUGGAGAUUCAGAUGGAAGUAACUCAAUCUACGCCAGAUUCUCCAGAUCCCUCUGAUUCAGUAGCUCUUGUGGCAAACUUCACAUUUGUUGCUCGUGACUCCAAGACAGGAAAAUCUGCUCCACUUAACCAGAUCUUGCCCGAAACUGAACAUGAAAAAUUGCUGUGGAAAGAAGCAGAAGAGAGGAACAAAAUGAGAAAGCAGAAGAGAGUAGCGGAAAAGAAGGAUGUUGAUAACAGAGAUGAAGACAGACUUAACACAUUGUUAGCCGAAGGGCGGGUUUUCUGCGACAUGCCAGCAUUGGCAGACAGAGAUAGCAUUCUUAUAAGAGAUACUCGUCAUGAGAAUUCAUUGAUGUGCCAACCACAGCAAAGGAAUAUUCAUGGUCGAAUUUUCGGAGGAUUUUUGAUGCGGAAAGCAUCUGAACUGGCCUUCUCGAAUGCUUAUGCCUUCGCUGGUGCGGCUCCUUGUUUUAUGGAAGUUGAUCAUGUCGACUUCUUUAAACCUGUGGAUGUUGGAAAUUUCCUCCGUUUCAAGUCUUGUGUUUUAUACACAGAACUUGAGAACCCUAUGAAGCCUCUGAUAAAUGUGGAAGUUGUAGCUCAUGUCACAAGGCCUGAGCUAAGGUGCAGUGAGGUAUCCAACAAAUUCUACUUCACAUUUACUGUCCGCCCCGAUGCCAUGAAAGAGGGAUUGAAGAUUCGAAAUGUUGUUCCAGCUACCGAGGAGGAAGCACGGCGGGUGCUUGAACGUAUGGAUGCUGAGAGGUCCCAAUAGUGCUGUUUUGCUUUAUAUUCAUUUGAAAUUUUGAAUCUUUCUCGUAUCUAAGAGAACCCCAUGGUCGAUAUGCAAUAAGUGAACAAGCCCAGUGUCUGUAAUUCAACACAUUUUUUCAUUGUCAAGAUCCAAUGAUGGAAAUUUUUCCAUCUCAAUCUCCCAAAAAGAAAAUAAAGGUCGGACAAGGGGGGUCUUGUUUUUGUGUAUCAUAUCAUAUUUAUAUUAUCUUUGAACAAUCUCUGCUCCAUUAUAACAAAAGGUUUGGCAGGCCUGUCUUAAAACACA